GCUCCACUAAGAGUGCUGUAGACCAGUGGUACACAAACUUUUAUAUGCUGCCCCCUUUUCUUAGCAUACAUUUUGUUGUGCGCCCCCCCAACUGACACACAUACUGAAAUGUUAGAACUUAACGUUGGAAUUUAACGUUUUAGUUUUAAUGUAAUUACGGAUUUAAUGUAAAAAAUAAAAAAUAAUAACACUGUGUAACAAUUAUUUUUUUUUUGGUUUCUGGGUAGUAAGUGUUAUUUCCUAAUUGCUUAUGCCUCAAAAGUAUAGAAAAUGGCUAUUAUUCCCCACAAACUUUGCUUUUGUGACCAAGACAGUGAUAUUUUGAAAUUUACCUAUUUUCCAGAACAUUCCAGAUAGAUUCAGUGCUGAGUAAACUUGGAGUAACUUCUAGAACUUUCCAGUGAUAUAAAUAGUAUUAUUAUUAUUAUUUAUUUCUUAGCAGACGCCCUUAUCCAGGGCGACUUACAAUUGUUACAAGAUAUCACAUUAUUUUUACAUACAAUUACCCAUUUAUACAGUUGGGUUUUUACUGGAGCAAUCUAGGUAAAGUACCUUGCUCAAGGGUACAGCAGCAGUGUCCCCUACCAGGGAUUGAACCCACAACCCUCCGGUCAAGAGUCCAGAGCCCUAACCACUACUCCACACUGCUGUAUAAAUACAGGGGCCUUAAGCCCACCAGUUCAGUUUAGUUCCAGCUGCCUAAGUGGAUACAUAUCUGCAUUUUUCUGAGAUGUCAUCAAGAGGCUGCAAGCAUCCAGCAGACGCAUUUUGCUAUGUCUGCGGCCAAUUUAUCAAGACAAGAGCGAAAAAGUACUCCGUGGAAGCAUCUGCUAAGAUGUGUGAGGCCUACAAGGCAUAUUUCGGCAUGCCUGUCGGGGAUCAAAACAAACCCUGGGCACCUCAUUUCACCUGCGAGUACUGCAAAAAAACUCUGGAAGGAUGGUACAGAGGGGAAAAGAGAGCCAUGAAGUUCGCUAUCCCAAGAAUUUGGCAGGAACCCACUGACCACUCAAGCAACUGCUACUUCUGCAUGGUGGACCCUUCCAAGUGGACCGAGUUCUCUGUGGGGAGGAACAACGUCAAGUGGGAGCCACUGGUGGACCCCUGGAAGGUACUGAUGCCACCACUGCACAUCAAAUUGGGCCUUAUGAAACAAUUUGUCAGAGCUCUAGAUAAGGAGUCAGCAGCCUUCAAGCAUCUUCAAGACUUCUUCCCUAAGCUGUCUGAGGCAAAGGUCAAAGCCGGUGUCUUCGUCGGACCACAGAUAAAGAAGAUCCUGGAGUGCAAUGAAUUCCCCAAGAAGCUCACUAGUAAGGAGAAAGCGGCUUGGAACAGCUUUGUCGCAGUGGUUCGGGGCUUCCUGGGCAAUCACAAGGCCGAAAACUAUGUGGAGCUGGUUGAGACUCUGGUGAAGAACUACGGCACAAUGGGCUGUAGGAUGUCCCUCAAAGUCCAUAUCCUUGAUGCUCAUCUUGAUAAAUUCAAGGAGAACAUGGGAGCGUACUCGGAGGAGCAAGGCGAGCGCUUCCACCGGGAUAUGCUGGACUUUGAACGCCGCUACCAAGGACAGUAUAACGAGAACAUGAUGGGAGACUACAUUUGGGGGCUGAUUCGUGAAAGUGAUUUACAGUAUAAUCGUAAAUCUCGAAAAACUACUCACUUCUAAAUCUUUUGUAGUCAUUUUUGUAUUACUUUAGUAUAAAUACAUGUUAAUUUGGAUUCAUAUGUUUUUUUCUGACUUUAUGUGAACGAAAAGACACAAAUUCGCCCGUUUUCUCAUUGGAAAUAGGUAAAUUUCAAAAUAUCACUGUCCUGGUCACAAAAGCAAAGUUUGUGGGGAAUAAUAGCCAUUUUCUAUACUUUUGAGGCAUAAGCAAUUAGGAAAUAACACUUACUACCCAGGAACAAAAAUUGUGUUACAUAGUGUAAUAAUAAAAAAACUAUAUUUAACCAUUAAGUCCAGAUUUCACUAAAUACAUAAAUGUCAAAAAACACAUUAAGUUUUGAAAUUUGUACUUCCAGAUACAAUUUAUAAAUGUCAAAUGUGCACAACAAAUUAAACAUUUUAUAAUCGGUCUAUAAAUUUUUUUUUACACUUGGCGAGUCAACAUUUAGCAACAUUUCUAGCAAAUAAAUCCAUGAAAAAAUACAUGUUUAAUUUUUUUUUUUACUUGCCGAUUUUCAAACAGAUACAUCUGAAACAUUAUUGUUCAGCACUUAAAUCUGAAAUUAUAAAUCUGGGUUUUCACAAAAUAAAUAUUUAUUCUAGCUAAAUCUGAAGCUAACAUGCAAAUGCCCCCAUCCAUUGAAGCUUGAUUUGGCAUUGUAUGCUGCAGAUCUGCCCUUCCACUCCGAGAGCCAAUCUCUCUACUUCCCCGCCUCUGCAUACAAUGCCAAAAAACAACGUACACAUUUCAGAACUUAAGAAUGUGUUUAAGCCCGCCGCACACAGCCCGACUCAAGCCGUCCUGACUCAUCUCAACUGGUCUUAGAGUCUGGAUGAAUCGUAGCAGUCUGCAUGCCCUUAAAACCAAGAUUAUGCAGAUUUCAGUCGGGAUGUCUUCAAAUUUGAAGAUUGAACAUGUUGAAUCUUUUUCAGACGCAGUUUCGUUCAGAUGUGAUCAGUCUGUCUGUGUGCGGCGGUUGCCGACCAAGACUGACUGAGACAGAUUAGUCAUAAGGGUGUCAACCAAUGGUGAAGCAGGUUUAAGUGACUUAGUUUGUUAUGUAACUUGUCAUACAAGAUAGUGGAAUAUUGACAGCUUUAGUUCCACAAGUAAAAAUACAUCAUUCGUCUUGAAUUGUUCUGAGUGUCCUUAAUUAAAAAAUACCAGAUAUGUGCACAUUUGAAUAGUUUUUUUUUUUUAGGUGUAUACUAAUCAAAGGUAAAUUAUCAAUUUAUCUUUUUAUUAUCAAUCUACUGGCAGCCUAUUUUCUUACUGCGCUAAAACAAAAGUAACCUGUGCGUCAAUCUCCAAUAGGUCACAAAUCACAAGCCCCUAGAUCCACACGCGGAGAAAAAAACGCCAAAGUCAAAUAAAUCGACAGGUUGGAUUUUAUUUACCACAGGCUAAAGUGUAGUAGACAAACUAUACAAAAAGUCAAACGCUGGGGGCUCCCGAGUGGCUCAUCCAGUAAAGGCACUCCACGUGGAGUGCAGGAUGCGCUCUAUAGUCUGGACGUCGCCGGUUCGAGUCCAGGCUAUUCCUUUGCCAACCGAGGACGGGAGCUUCCAGGGCGCGGCGCUCAAUUGGCCGAGCGCCGCCCGGGGUGGGGAGGGUUAGGUCGGCCAGGGUGUCAUCAGCUCACCGCGCACCAGCGACCCCUGUAGUCUGGCCGGGCGCCUGCGGGCUUGCCUGUAAGCUGCCCGAGAGCUGCGUUGUCCUCCGACGCUGUAGCUCUUGGGCGGCUGCAUGGUGAGUCCGCAGUGUGAAAAAAAGUGGUCGGCUGACGGCACACGCUUCGGAGGACAGCCUGUGUUCGUCUUCGCCCUCCCGAGUCAGCGCAGGGGUGGUAGCGGUAAGCUGAGCAUAAUAAAAUAAUUGGCCAUUCCAAAUUGGGAGAAAAUAAUAAAAAAAAUAACUGGCAACGACUACAUUUAUAAAAAACAAAAAGUCAAGCGCUGCCUGAAAUGUUUGCACGGUGUAAAUGUGUCUCCACCGUCUAAUCCGCAUACGAUGCCAUGCGUAAUAUGAGGGUUGCUGUGUUGGACUUAGUUAAUACAAAAAUGUGUACUGGGCAGUAUUAAUUAAAUUUGCCUACAUAGUAAUCAUCAGUAUCUAGUUGUGGUCAGUAAUUCGGUCUUAGCAGUGUGCGACACCCAGUCGGGAAAAACUCAAUUGUUACGUCAAACCAAAACUGAGCACAACUGAUCGCCGAAUCUGUGCAUACUCAGGUGAGAUGAGUCGGGACGGCUUGAGUCGGGCUGUGUGCAGAGGGCUUAACAUUUAUGUAUUUAGACAAAUUCAAUAUUUACAUUAAAUCCGGGGGGGAAAAGUGACUGUUAUGCAUCUGCGUAGAAUGGAUAAUGUUUCAUUUGUUCUGUUUAUGUUCCUUUUAAUCUACUCCAUUUCUAAGAGAGGGGGGAAAAGGAAACUAAAUGAACUACCUUGCUCUAAUAUCAUUGUUAAAUAAAGUAUACUAUAAGCCCAUUCAUAUUUGCUUGUACAACAACAGACCAUUGUGUAAGAGUUCUCAAGUAGUGCAUAUAUUUGUUCUCAAGUAUCUUCUAUAGCCGUUUAAAUUGGAUGGGCUUUGCAAAGUUGCUUUGGAACCAACCACUUCUUUUUUCUUCC